AUGCAACAAUCGGAGGGUUUCUCAGUCAAAGGGAAAGAGAAACUAGAGUGCAAGUUGAAGAAAAGCUUGUAUAGUUUGAAGCAAGCCCCAAGGCAAUGGUACAAGAAGUUUGAUGGUUUUAUGAAGCGACAUGGCUAUAAUAAGUGCAACGCUGACCAUUGCUACUACUUCAAGAGGUUUAAGUCAAGUUUCAUUAUCCUUCUACUUUAUGUUGAUAACAUGUUAGUGGCAGGUUCUGAUUUUAAAGAAAUCAGCAAAUUGAAGAAGCAGUUGUCUAAUGAAUUCGAGAUGAAGGAUCUUGGUGCAGUAAAACAAAUUCUUGCGAUGAGGAUUAGCAAAGAUAAGCAGAAAGGUACUUUGCAGUUGUCUCAGGCUAAGUACAUUGAACGGGUUCUGAAGAGGUUCAACAUGAAUAAUGCUAAGGCAGUGAGUACUCCCUUAGCUAAUCACUUCCGAUUAUCUCAAGAUCAGUGUUCGAAGACAGAAGAUGAGAAAAACUUCAUGGCUAAAAUUCCAUAUGCCUCAGCCAUUGAAAGUUUGAUUGGGAGCAGUAAACAGGUUCAUGAAGGAUCCAGGCAAACUACACUGGGAAGCAGUAAAGUGGAUAUUGAGAUAUCUAUGGGUGAUGAGCGCGGAAAAGUGCACAUUUAA